AGAAUAGACACUUAGUUUCGUUUUAAUUAUUAACAAAAGCUAUGUCUGAAAGUGACCCACAAGCGCCGAUACAGCAUGAUUUGGUAUCUUGCCUGCCAGUGUUGGCCAAUGAUUAUGCAAAUUUCAUAUCUGUGGAUGCAUCAAAAGAGAAGCAGUCAUUUUACAGCAGCAUAGAUGAAAUGUUGACAAGACUGGAUGAGUUUGGGGGACUUGUAGAUACUGUACGAAGUGAUACCAGUUUAUGUGUGGACACCAAUGUAAAGAAUAUCCAGGCUAAAUGUGAGGAAAUGAGCAGUAUAUUUGCCAGAGUGGACCAGCUAGAGGCAUUUAUUGCCAUGGUCCAUAAGAAUGUCAAUGUUAUGGAAGAAUGUGUUAACAAAGCUGAGUCAGAGAUGGGCUCAUUCUCGGGACUCAAAAAGAUCUUCACUUCCCUAGUUGGAAAAAAAACAUCGCAGCAAAAGGACCUGCAGCAGUUCCAACCCCCUGACAUCUUCAUCACAGAGGAAUAUUUGAGACCCAGCUCAGCUGGCGACCUGCCUGAGACUGGACAACCAGACAGUGCCGGACCGACUGACCUCACCAAGCCUCUGACCAUUGUAGACAAUACUUGAUCGUAGAGGAACUCUUUAAAAAUGUUGUGUUUGUAGUUGGGACUAAUUACAUGUAUGCUGAGAUUUACCAUUAUGAAUGAUAGUGUUGCAAAUUUGGAUGCAAGUUCAGUUGAUUACAAAUUAUCAGAAUGUUCAGUUAUGUUUAUCUUAUGCUGACCUUAAGGCAUGAUUGUAUAUCAAAGCCGUUAUGAUAAAUUUAUUACUGUACCAAAUAUGAAUAGAUGAACGAGUAUCAGACUGAAAAUGCAAUUUGGUAUAAUUUUACAUGCAUAGCAGGUGUGGAAUAAACAACAACUCAGUUUGACUGUAAAUAAUAAUAUCAUCAGGCAAUUUAAACAUUAUUUAUGGUUAUUGUGUUGACUGGGGCCAGGAUAAGUUAUUACCUUUUGUUUUAUGUUCAGAUAUUUAUACCCCCAUUACCAUUGCUAAUGGGGGCUAUAUAGGAGUCACUUUGUUGGUCUGUCCCGAAAACUUCAUCCGAUCUUCACCAAACUUGGUCAGAAGUUGUAUCUAGAUUACAUGUAUGUCUAGUUCAAGUUUGAAUAUGGGGCAUGCCGGGUCAAAAACUAGGUCACCAGGUCACUUAGUGCGUUUUAAACCGAAAGUUUGUCCGGACCAUAACUAUAUCAUUUAUCGUUAGAUUUUAAAAUGACUUGGUACAUUUGUUCACAAUCAUUUGACGGAGUGUUGCGCGAAAGAAUUAUGUCGAUAUCUCCAAGGUCAAGGUCACACUUGGAGUUCAAAGGUCAAAUGCUUGUCCGGGCCAUAACUUUGUCUUUUAUUGGGAGACUUUAAAAUCAUUUGGCACAUUUUUUUACCAUCAUUGGACGGUGUGUUGGGCGAAAGAAUUAUGUCGAUAUCUCCAAGGGCAAGGUCACACUUUGAGUUUAAAGGUCAAAAAUGGCCAUAAAUGAGCUUGUUUGGGCCAUAAAUGUGUCGUUCAUCGUGACACUUUAAAAUCAUUUGGCACAUUUGUUCAACAUCAUUGGAAGGUGUGUAACGCGAAAGAAUUACGUCGAUAUCUCCAAGGUCAAAAUCACACUUUGAGUUCAAAGGUAAAAAAUGGCCAUAAAUGAGCUUGUCCGGGCUGUAACUAUGUCGUUCAUUGUGAGAUUUUUAAAUCAUUUGGCACAUUUGUUCACCAUCAUUGGACGGUGUGUCGCGCGAAAGAAUUAUGUCAAUAUAUCCAAGGUCAAGGUCACACUUUGUGUUCAAAGGUAAAAAAUGGCCAUAAAUGAUCUUGUCCGGGCCAUAACUAUGUCAUUCAUUGUUAGAUUUUACAAUUACACAGAACAUUUGUUCACAAUCAUCGGCCGGUGUGUAAUGCGAAAGAAUUACGUUGAUAUCUCCAAGGUCAAGGUCACACUUGGAGUUCAAAAGUCAAAAAUGGUUAUAAAUGAGUCCGGUCAUUGAACGGUGUGUCAUGCGAAAAGAAAUUCAAGUGUUCAAAGGUCAAAAUGUCCAUAAAUGAUAAUGGCAUAAUAAGUCUUAAAAAUCGCAAUAAAUAAGCUUCUCUUCUUUUGUGAAAACAGCAUGCAAAAUAUUUUGUGUCAAUGCAUCAUGUAGGGGUAACAUGAUGUCUAUGACAAAACUCUAGUUACCGUUUGUGCAAUUCUUUUAUUUUUGUUGUGUUUAAAAUAAAAGUGUGUCAUUUUAGUGAACUGUGAAUGUUUAGGAAUAAAAAAUUAUUAGUAUCAA